UCAGCCACUAGCUUUAAUGUUCCUGUGUGUUUACUACUGUAGCUAGCUUAGCAUAUUUAGGAAAAGGAGACGGUCACGUAUAUGCUGUGAGUCCUCAUCAAAAACUCUUGGUUUUGGUAGUAUUGCAAAGACUCUUCAGGAAUCCAGCAUGCCCAAAAGAAAGCAACAGGGAGCCGAGGCUGAUGCAAAGGAGGAGCCCCAGAGAAGAUCGGCACGAUUAUCUGCACGACCAGCUCCUCCUAAGCCUGAGCCUAAACCAAAAAAGACAGCUAAGAAAGACAAAGUGGUCAAAGACAAGAAAGAGGACAAAAAAAGCAAGGCAAAGGCCAAGGAGUCCACAGAGCCAGACGCCAACGAGGAGAACCACUCUGAGAACGGAGAAGCCAAGAGCAACGCGGUGGAGGAGACUCCUCAAGAAACCAAGGAGGAAGCAAAAUCUGAGUAGCACCACUGCCACCACCCCUCUCCCCCAACCACCAGCCCUCUCUUUCUGUCUGUCCCAGCCACCCCACCCUUUCCUCCUGUGCCCUAAAACACUCCUGGUCUCAUGUUGUUGCCCCUCUUCAAGGCAUAUUGUUAACAGAGGAAUAUUUUUAUCAAUGAUUUUAUAAGUAUCAGUACAGAUUUUUAGCACAAACUGAAGCUAAACGCAGAGUACCUUGCAGAUUUGCAGUGGUCAUAAUAAAGGUCUGCAAGACGAACACACUAAAAAUCUUUUUUUAUUUUAAUUAUAUUUCGUGAGUGUUGACAGCUUGUUCGAUCUAGUAAGAGCAUAUCUACUUAUGAAGUGUUAGUGUUGUCGUAGUUUUUGUUUUCCUUUUUGUUCCUCUCUUCCCAGCCUGCCCCUCUUCUCCCUGUCUAAACUAUAUUAUCGUAUAAUGAGUGAUUUUUUUUUUCUCUUUUUUUACUUCAUGUAUGUGCAGUGAGUCUCUUUGCUCUUGUCUCUUGUACUAGAUUUUUUUUCUUCAUUUCAAUGUAUUGUUCAUAAGACAGAGGAAUACCAAGAAAAAAAAACAUCUAAAAACAUUCCGGGGCAGAGUUACAUGGGCUAGACUUUAUUUCAACGAACCCUGCAAUUAAUAAUUACAAUAAAUAAAUAAUAAUAUUUUGUUUAAAUUUAAAAAAUCAAGAGCAGCUCAUCCAAGCUAUGCUGUUAUGAGAUUUUCUAAACAAUUACAUUUUUUAGGAUGAAAUUCUAACGUUUAUUGAAGUGCGCAGGUGUCCAUGUACCCUAUCUAAUGUUCUGGAUGUCUCUUAAUAAAAGAAAACCUUAGAAUUUUCCUCA